UGUCAAAGUGACUGACGAAGCACAAAUCAGAAAACUUGUUCAGCAAUUGUGUACGGGGAGGCAAAGAGAAAAACCAGAGAAAAGCAGAUCCCCAUAAUGCCUGGAAAUGAACACAGCAAGUCGAGGGAUGCGGAUGAAAAGCAUCAGUUCAUCUGCCCCAUUGUCUACAAAAAUGAGAUGCCCGGACCAGCGUCGGAUGCCAAACUUCUUCCAUGUGGCAGAGAUAUUCUGGAGUACACCGAGAAGCCCGUUUCUCUGGCCAAGCACGAGGCCCCCUUUGAGCACCAUUUCAGGGGACUGCACGAGCUGUUAGACUUCGAUUUGCUGGAUCAGCUGCUCUACGAUGGUCAGCCCAAGAGCGGGCUGCAAAUGGAUACCAGGGAUGCAGCUCUACUGGCCGAUAUAGAGCCCCUGACCUGUGGUGACAGUAAGCCCCGGCCAAGUCGAGCCCAAGAAUGUGAUCAAAUGUUCACAAAGGAGCGGGUCCAGGUGCCUCGUCCUCGCACAGGACUCAAGCGUUCUCUGCCGGAAGCCAAUGUCGAACCCCUUAGUGUGGGGCAGCAGAGGGAUUUGAUUGAUAAAACCUUCGAGGAGGUGAAGAAGCCCCUUCUCAAACAUCCCACCAAACCCGGCAGUACGGCCCGCCCCUUGGCCAUUUGGCCAGUUUUUCCCGACACGGACUUGCUGAAGCUUAACUUCCUUCAAAUACAGUUCGACAUACCUCCCAGCAGCAAUGAAAGCAGCCAGACUUUGAUCAAAGACUGCGGCAACUAUAUGGUAAACUUCAGUGCCAUCCAGAACAUGGGAAAACCCAGCAAGAUGUUCUAUCUAUCAGAUCAGCGCUAUAAGGAGGAAAAGUGCGCUGAAAAUUCGGAGCGUGGCGAACGUUUUAUUCUCCGGGAAAAGGACAAGGCCCUCCACUACGUAAGUGUGGAAAAACACAUCAAAUUGAGGCGGGAGCGGCCCCGCCCCCAGGACCUGGCCAACAAGUGUCUGCUGCAGGUCAAACAAGUGGCAAUGGAAACGAAGUAAUGGAAGGAUGAGGAGUGCCCUGGCUGCCCAAAACAUAGCAUGAUUGAAAUUCCUUGUCGAGAAAACCAACUGCCUAGCUAUAAAAUAAAAACCUAACAGAAUUCAUAUGAAAUCCUGGCAAAUUGGAAGAAAUUUCAACUGAAAAUACUUGAAUAUAUUGGGUUAAUAAAAAUAAAAAUGCCGACAAGCUAGA